AUGAACCUCUUGUGCCUCACCCUCACCAUCAAUAAGCCAAAGAAGAAAGAAUCGUCUUUCAACUUCAUCCGCCUCCACCCUAAACCACAUAUCGAACCCCUCGUUACACCGCCUGCUACUCCUACAAUAAGCGAAUUCUCCAUUGGUUAUAACGGAUAUCGAUAUUCCUACACCCGCGUAGGAAACCCUACGCUAGUGGAGGACGCCCACGCCGUGUUAAACGGUGCAGCCGAUUACCUAUUGGGUGACGAUGAAGUACUUGUCGACGUCGAUGGCAUCCAUGGCAUUGACCAGGGUCUUGCCAACGCCGUAGCCUCAUCUGCCCUCGACAUUAGCGUUGCUUUGCAAACCGACAGCGGGAACACACCGGAUAUUUUCCUACCCCAGCUUCGCACCCAAGUUCCUGUUGCUCCAUUCAUACCGCUGAACAACAACGAAGUUCUGCAUGCCACUGCUACAGCUCCUCUUCAGUGUCCUCAAGGAUGCGCUGGUACUUUUCGUCGCCGUGAAGAGUACCGCCGUCAUAUGAAGAAGCAUAACGGCCCCUUCUUUCCCUGCACUCAUCCUCACUGUAGCAAGAUGUUCUAUCGCCAGGACAAGCUGCGUGAUCAUUUUAACAAAGGCCAUUAGAUGGGAUUGCUUGUACGGGACAGACAUCUCCAUCAUCGCUGGGAGGCUGCCUAGCUAAUGUCAAUGGCUUGGCUUGACAAUGAGAUUAUACCGAAUGCAAAGGAGGUCAAAUUGGCAGAGCA